UCGAUUUGUGUCAAAAGUGUCGACUGCGUUCGCUAAAAAGAAAGCAACCUUGUGUGGUCGAAGUGUCUCGGCUUUCAAAGUUCACUUGGCUCGCGCCAUUUUCGCUAAUCGAUACGAGGCUCGUCGGUCACUUCCGGUUGUUCGCGGCUCUCCAUUCCGCUCUCCGUCUUUCGGUGGCAAGCAUUACGGCAAGAUGUCGCUCGUGAUUCCUGAGAAGUUCCAGCACAUUCUUCGUGUCAUGGGCACGAACAUCGACGGCAACCGGAAAGUCAUGUUCGCCAUGACCGCGAUCAAGGGUGUCGGUCGUCGCUACGCCAACAUCGUCCUGAAGAAGGCGGACAUCGACCUGGACAAGCGCGCCGGAGAGUGCUCGGAGGAGGAGGUGGAGAAAAUCGUCACGAUCAUGGCAAACCCUAGGCAGUACAAAAUCCCCGACUGGUUCCUCAACAGGCAGAAGGACAUCGUCGAUGGAAAGUACUCGCAGCUCACGAGCGCCAACUUGGACUCGAAACUGCGCGAGGACUUGGAGAGGAUGAAGAAGAUCCGCGCUCACAGGGGUCUGCGUCACUACUGGGGUCUCCGUGUACGCGGCCAGCACACCAAGACCACUGGUCGUCGCGGGCGUACGGUGGGUGUGUCGAAAAAGAAGUAAACUUUUAUACAUAUAUUAUGUGCUAUUAAUAAUAAAUGUUUAAACGGU